ACUUCCAAUAAUACUAACAAUUAGUUUUCACCUAAUAUGCAAGGAAUAUCUAUGAUUCUCGUUUGAGGAACAGAUCUCCUCAGCCACCAGCAAGCCACCUGUUGUCUUUUCAUCCCCUAUUAUAUUGAUAAAUAUGAUGGUGUGAGCUUGUGUUGAUACUUCCACUUAUUGGAGUAUAAAAACAUUGACACUGUGACAAAUUGUGAUCAGUUUCAAGGCAGAUUCCGGAGCUGGUAGUUUUACUUAUUUGAAAGAUAAAAAGGCUGCCUCAAUUUUUUUGGUUUUGAAAUGUAAAUUUGUUUAAUAUUUUUUUUUAUUUCAUUUAAUCACUUGGUUUGAUUUGUUUCAAUAAAAAAAAAAACUUUAAUUGGUGUUAAUUAUAAAACAAAUUUAAAAAAAAAAAAAAAAAAAAAUGUGUGAAUAUCGCGAGAAAACUGGUGAAAAAGAAGACAAAAAUGCCACAGUUGCUACAGUUGAGACUGGAAUUGCAAGUAGCACAAUAACAUUGGGAACUGAUGUCAUCGCUGGGCAACCCCAACCGGCAAAGGGUUCGGAAUACUUCGAGAAUGCUCUGCAAGCAACAAAAUUCGGCAAAUUCAACUAUUUCGUUAUCCUGAUAUCCGGCUUAAUUCUUUCGAAUGUUUUACUUGAAACACUGGGGAUAAGUUUCGUAUUACCUGUUUCACAAUGUGAUCUUCACCUAACCAUCAAAGAACGUGGAGUCUUGAGUGCCAUUGGAUUCGUGGGGAUAAUCACAACUUCACAUUUGUGGGGAUUUCUAGCCGAUACAACAGGUCGAAGACAAAUUAUACGACCAACUUUGCUUAUAGGAUUUGGAUUUACAGUGCUAUCAAGUUUUACAAAUAAUUUUUGGGCACUAGUUAUUUUGAGAUAUCUAAAUGGAUUUUGUAUAUCUGGUGGUUCUGCUACAGUCUAUGCUUAUCUUGGAGAAUUUCAUACGGAAAAGACACGAUCUAGAGCCAUUAUGGGUGCGGCAUUCAUCUUUGGAGUGGGUGCAAUGAUAAUGCCAGCAUUAGCAUGGCUUGUUAUCAAUCAAGAAUGGCGGCUGGAUAUUCCAUUUCUUGCUAUAACCUAUAAACCAUGGAGACUCUUUAUGGUGGUUUGUGGGAUUCCAGGUUUUAUAUGUGGACUUUGCCUCUUCAAAAUACCAGAGAGUCCGAAAUUUUUGCUAUCUCAGGGAAAGGAUGAGACAGCUUUGGAUAUUCUCAAGUCAAUGUAUAAGUGGAAUACUGGAAGACCAAAGGAUGAGUUUCCUUAUUCCCGAGUUUUGGAAGAUAUAGAUUCAUCAAUGAAACCCAAAAUUGUUCUACCCGGAACUAGUCCCUGCGUAGCAUUGUUCAAAUCAAUGUGGGCACAAACUCAACCACUAUUCAAUCGGGAAUACAUGCGAACAACUGUUUUAAUUUGUUCAAUUCAAUUUUGGAUUUUUGUAACAUCGAAUGGAAUGUAUAUGUGGUUUCCACAUAUUCUAAACAGUGUUGGAGAGUUCAUCAAGGAGAACCCUAACAAUACGACUUACAUCUGUGAUGUUGUUUAUAAUAAACAGGCAAUACUAUUCGAACAGGAAAAUCAUCAGGUUGAAGAAGUUUGUAAUGAAAAAUUAGAAAUCUCAACGUAUCAACAUUCGUUAACGUUGGAAUUGUUUUAUGCUCUGGGAUUUGCUGUUAUUGGAGCUAUUAUAAAGAAUGUGGGGAAGGUUUGGAUUUUGUUUGUAACACUUGGAGUUUGUGGUAUUUGUGGAAUCCUCACCAUUUAUGUCAACCUACCAAUGGUUGCCAUUUACCUGUACCUUAUCUUGCUCCUGUGUGGCUUAGGAAUUAAUGUCCUCAGUGCUGCAACCGUAGAUUUGUAUCCAACAAGGCUGAGAGCAAUGGCAGUCUGCAUAUCCCUGAUGAUGGGUCGUUUGGGCAGUGUGGUGGGUGCUAACAUUGUGGGCUUACUCAUCAGUCACCAUUGUGAAAGUGCAUUUUUAGCAACCGGAAUCUCGUUAAUCUUAGCUGGAUUUUUAGGAUUUUUCAUUCCAAAACCAGUUAAAGGAGGUUCAGAAUCACCUCGACGUGUUAGUCUCAUAUCAAUGACGGGGAACUGAUAAAUUUAAUGUUCUUAUGAAAAAAAAGAAAA